GAUGAACGACGCGGCGCAACGAGCGUGAAAAAACGCGUUCGGUAUAUGCGUGUCUAAUAAUCUCGCGGAGUCGCGCGAGGAUGCCGCGACCUUAUGGGAUCCCGAUUUAGCCCCGCUGAUCGGUGAGCGCGAUAACCACGCGAGAGCGAAGGGCGGCGACGACGACGGCACACCGCGAUCCUGAUGUGACUCGAAAGAGAAGAACCUGCUCUCGUCGCAGAAGAGAUAUCUUCCGCACGUUAACACGUUAGCUACCCGUGCGGGAGUUGCGACACGCGAAGAACGCUCGGGGACGUGCCGACAUGCGAAGAACGCGCGACAGUAUGUACGGCAGAUUGUCGUCGGGCCGAUAAGCACUGUAAGAUGUAAAUUCAUCCCUUUUUCGUGCAUACAACAUGAAGAAGUUAGCAAUGAAUUGCAUUUAUUAUUAAUUUUUUAUAUUUAUGAUUAUAAAAGUAUCACUAAUCAUGUGCCUUAACUUUUCUAUUAAUAUUGAAUUAAACAAGAUAUUUAUAAAAAAAUUAAAGAUAAUGUUUAGAAACAAAAUACAGAUUGAAGAUAUCAAAUAUUAAUAUUAAUUUUUUAAUUAUUAUGCUAUUAGUGGCAUGGGUUUUUUAUAUUGUAAACAAAAAUGUUUAGAAUUCACUGUAAUAAUAGAUAUGACAUGAUCUAAGCAAGAUAAAUGUAUCACAAAUUUUCUUGCACUGUUUGAGCCAUUGUGAAAUAAGGAUUUGUCAAGUGCCUUUUUAUCGGUCAAUAAAGACAACUCUAUGAUGCUGACAAAAGUAAUAAUUGCAGAGAAUUUAUGCCAUAAAAGGAAACUACAGAAGAAGAUAUCAUUAUGGAUACAUCUUCUAUGUGUGGGAAUAGUAAAGGUAGAAAGGAGCGUUUAAAAAAUCAACAGCUGGAAGAUAUUACAGUAAAUGAUAACAACAUGAUCGAAGAAGGCUUUUCAUGGUUACCUAAAUUCAGCAAAGUUAUGUGUUCGUCCAUAGGAAGUAGAAAUUAUCGGCAUCUCCAACAGUUGCUUUUACUCUACACACAGAAUAUUACUUCUAGCAUGGCAGUGAGCAAUGUCAAGUCCAGUGACGUAAUUAAUGUUAAGAACCAUAUUAAUAAUAUGUUAAUAUUCUUUCACUUGUACUGGCUCGAUAUAAAACAGGAUAUAACUGAUCAUAAUUCAUAUUUGAAUAGAAUGUCUGCUUUGUUGAAUGUGUACAUAGACAUAGAGUUGAAAACUUCGACGGAUAAAAGAUGUUCCAGUUACAUUAAAGAUUCCUCUAAAAUUGCUGCUAAGAUUCUUGCAGCACUGUAUAUAUACUUAAAUAACUCGGAAGAGCAUAUUUUCAGGGUAUUACUUAGAAUUAAACAUGCUACAGAAAGAUAUGCAAAAAUUUGUGAUCAUCUGUUCAUGAAGAGUUUCACUAAUCUCACAACAAAGAUGACAUCUAUGACUGAUGUAGUUUACGUCAGAUAUUUACUCGCCUUCAAAAUGUGGAAGGAAAUGGCGGAAGAUUACGACAGGAAAGGAAGAAUUAACAAGUUAGCUCUAAUGCUGUUAGGAUUGCGCAUGCCGAAAUUGCGAGAUGAAUUAUUAAAAUUUGUGCUCAGACCGCCUAUGGAUCAACAGAAUGAAACGUUAUGGUUAUUGCAGUCAAAUCUAUUCGAUUUGAAGCAGAUUCACAAAAAUUUCCUGCUGUUUGAGGACAAAAUGGACGAACCUGCGGAUUCACAAUGUGUCAAACCGAUUCGUGCUGAUCAAAGUUGCUCAGUGCCUCAGGAGAAAAACCAGAUGAAUUCGCUAUCCCGUCGGAACAACUCGAUUGAAGAUACACCUAAUUACGAGGUGAAUCGAGACUGCUCAGGUGCUUCGCAAAAUCGCAAUGUGAUACCAGGCAUUGAUAGGAAUAAGUCGAUGGAUCAAACUUACCUGCAGAAGAAGGGAGCAAAAAGUCUCAAACUAUUGAAAAAGAUGAGGAAGAAAUCCAGGAAGACUAUAAUUAUCGAUUUAACUGGAGAUGAUGAGAUAAGUGUUCCUUAUAAAGUAAAAAGAAAGAAGACGAAACAAAAAUUGGAAUAUUUGAAGAUCAUGAAGAAGAAGCACAAAUUGCAAAAGCAUAUCAACACUUCGAGAAAUCCAAGCCGGCUUAUGGACGCCGAUAAACAGGCAUGCUCUAAUAACAACGGCAAAAGCUCCGACGGCAAAGUUCGUCGUUCAGAGUGCAAGCCUAUUUCCGACAACAAAGUUAGCGAUAGUACGGAAAGUUGCGCUUCGGUCAACGGCAGGUCUCCGUUAAACAAUACCAGCUGCAUCAGUCUUCAGAAAAAUGAACACACAAGCGUAACAAAGAGUUCGAUGAACAACAUCUGUCCGGAAUUCACGAAGGAAGACGAGAUGCAGCAUGAUUAUAACUCGCACUACUCGAAGACGUCCAAACUAAUCGAUCAAAAUAGCAGGGAGUUGAAGCAAAAGACAAAGUGGAAAACAAAGUGGAAGAUGGAGGACAAAAUGGAUAAUCGCGUGCUGUCGCACGCGACGUACGCGGCUGGGAAUGCAAUUGAUCCGUACAGCAAUUCGAUGAUGCAGGGCAAAGAAGCGUUAACCUCUCAGGAAGACAGUGCCAUGGAGACGAUGCCUUUGUUCAAGACGUGCCAAAGCGGUAUCGCGGAUCAGCAGCAUUCCUUCAAGCAGGAGUUACCGACAAGCACGAAUUGCAGCGCGAUGCUCAAGUCGCGCAAGUGUUGCGACUCAGUGCCGGUCGACAUGAACGAUAUCAAGCACCUGAUAAUAAUAAUAAAGAAACUGAAGUCCAUAAAUGACCAUAGCUCGCAAUUCACGGAGAUCAUAAAACAAAAGGUGUGUCACCAAACGAUGGACGAGUGUCCGAACUAUUGCACGAAGCUUGAUUGCAAGCCGUUCGCGUUCACCGGCAACGACGCGACCGCGACGAAGACGCAAGACGGCUCGCAUAAUACGUUCAAUUCGAGUGGAAACGACGCCAAGUCUGCCUGCGACACGAACAUAAUUUACGUGCUGAACGAACGCAACAAACGCGUUUACGUUGUCAAUCAUAUCGGCGAGCGAGUCGUGACCGCGCAUGCUGAGAGAGGCAUGCAAUGUCUGGAGAAACCCAACGACACGCACACCGUUUCGACAACCUUCGUCGGAGAUAAGAUCGCCGAGUCGCCGUUGUACAGCCAACACGUCGGUCUUGAUAACGCGACGACGAAUGAUUAUGAGAACGCCGUUAGGUAUUCCGAGAUCGCGAUGAAGGAACAGCAGAGAAGGAACAAUUGCGACACCUCGAUAUCGAACGACAAGAUGCACUCAAUGCCGGAGUCCUGCAUGUUCGACAUUAAUUCCUUCGAGAUCGGCUCGAACACGGAGAUAGAUUACGAGUCGCAGCUGAAGAGCUCGCUGAAAGCGGAGGAGAUCAACGAGAUCACGAAGACGCUCGACUGUAUAGACGACGCGGAGAACAUCAGCUUCUUGAACAAUAUUCAAAGCGAGACCCUGGAAGACUUCUUCCGGCAAUCCUCCGCGAUGUCGCUCGUCAAUUACGACACUACAACCGGCUUGCCGACGAAGAAGCCGCUCGUGUCGUGCACCGACAACGAUAUUCUCGCUAUGAAGACACAUGACAACACUUUGCACAAUAUGUUUGACAAUAACGAGAACGACGUUAGGUCGACCUGCGAUGCGAGCGCAGUCUACAUGUUGGCCGAUCGCGACAAAUGCGUGUACGUUGCAAAUCAGACCGGCGAUUCCGUCGCGGCUACGGACGCCGAGAAGCGAGUGCAAUAUCCAGACAAUCCCAACGACAUGUGCACCGUCUCGACUACGUUCAUCGAAGACCAAAUAGUGGGCUCGUUAUUGGACAGUCAGCAUGUUAAUUUUCAGGCGAACGAUCCCAAGUAUUCCGAGGCUACGAUGAAAGAGGAGCAAGGAGGGAGCAAUUGCGACACCUCGAUGUCGAGCGAUCGGCUACAUUCCUUCGGGUCCUAUACAUUCGACAUGAAUUCCUUCGACAUUGAUUCCAAGGAAGCCACCGAGAUCAUGAAGACUGACUCUGUAGACGAGUUGGAAAACAUCAGUUUCCUGCACAAUAUUGAAAGUCUGGAGGAGACUCUGGACGAUGUUCUCCGUCAGCCCUCGCUGAUGUCCCAAAUGAACUGCGACAGUUCGAGCGGCGAAUCGAAGGAUGUGAAGGAUAAUCUUUUCUCGGACGACGUCACCAACUUCCUGUCUCUGAAGCAGCCCCCUUUCGAUCUGGACAAUGUGUACUGCAACGUGUUGUCGGACGUUCCUGGCUUCAAAGACGAACAAGCGCUUCAACUACCCGCGCAACACGACCUCUUCUCCGAGGGCGACCGGAAAGCUGCUUCACCCAAGCAAUUUGAAAAGAUCACAUCGAGAUCUUUUCAAAACACCGCAAUAAAGUUCCUUUUGCGUUCAGUUAGCCGCUCUCCGAGAUACGAGUUAAUUAGUUCAGGUACUGCUGGCAUUAGCAUUAUUCUCACAUUCCACGCGGAGGUUGCAUGAUCGGAUUUUAUGCCUCUUGUGUAUGCGCGUGCAUAUGUGCGCGCGCGUUCGUGCAUUUGGCGAUGAUAAUUACAGCAGAUGUUCGAAUUGCCUUACUUCCAUUGUUUGACUAGCUAGCCUUAACUGAGAAGGAUCUCAAUUUCUCAACUCGUCGACGGUUAUCAAGCUCAUUUCGUCGGUCUUUGUUUCAAUUCUUCAACACUCACGUUUUAUCUUGUAAUCUCGAUCUUUCAAGAAGGCCCAUAAAAAUCUAUAGUGAUGUGAUAUCGUGAAAUCUUAGAGACCAUUCAAUUGUUCACUCGUCUCCCAAUCCAUCUGUUCGAGAAGGUUCCAGCAAUCUUUCCUUCGUACCUUUAAUCCGAAAUGCGCUGGAGCUCCAUCUUGCUGAUUAUCACGCGCAAUCAAAAUCAGGAACGAGACUUCGAAUAACAGGAAUAAUUUGCUCAUUUAGCGUAGCUUCGUACCUCGCGGAAUUGAGAUUUUCAUCGAAGAAAAACAGACCUAUUAAAUAACCAAUUAUCCUUGUCCAGACUUUUUCAGGAUAUCGAGAUGUGUUAUCUCUCAGUCAAUGUAGAUUUUCGAACUCGAAUAUCAAAAUUUUAACGAUUAACAUUCCCAUGAAGUUCAAAAAUAGCUUCAUCGGAAAAGACAAGGUUACUUACGAAGUUAUUUCCGCGAGUCUGAAUAAGUCCGCAAAAUUCCCUGUUCUCCUUACAACAAGAAAUAAGUCAAGUGUGUAUUAUAAUU